GUGUCCUAAAAUAAAUAAAAGACGUCGUGGCGCGUAACAAACUCUCUCUUUUCCUUUUCCUUUUCCUAUAAAACACGCAGUCUCUACCUUUUCAUUCCAGUUUCAAAGUUUAUCAAAAAAUAUUCUUCAGUUUUUCUCUUCUCUCUCACUUUCGCGAAAGCGUUUCAAUUAUGUCAAACAAAACCAUUCUGGUUACCGGCGGAGCCGGUUACAUCGGCAGCCACACAGUCCUCCAGCUUCUUCUCGGCGGUUACAAAGUCGUCGUGGUGGAUAAUCUUGAUAAUUCUUCUCAAAAAUCCAUCGACAGAGUUAAGAAACUCGCCGGUGAUUUCGCCGGUAACCUUUCCUUUCAUAAGUUAGACCUGCGGGACAGAGAUGGACUUGAGAAAAUAUUUUCUUCCACAAAAUUUGAUGCUGUCAUACAUUUUGCUGGACUGAAAGCAGUAGGUGAAAGUGUGCAGAAACCACUGCUCUACUAUGACAACAACUUGAUCGGGACAAUUGUUCUAUUUGAAGUCAUGGCUGCCCAUGGAUGCAAGAAGCUUGUGUUCUCCUCUUCAGCCACUGUAUACGGUUGGCCAAAGGAGGUCCCCUGCACUGAAGAGUUUCCUUUAUCGGCUGCAAGCCCAUAUGGACGAACCAAGCUAUACAUUGAAGAAAUUUGUCGUGAUAUCUACCGUUCUGAUCCAGGAUGGAAAAUAACACUGUUGAGAUACUUCAACCCCGUUGGUGCACAUCCCAGUGGUCAUAUUGGUGAGGAUCCUCGCGGAAUUCCCAACAACCUCAUGCCUUUUGUUCAGCAAGUUGCAGUUGGCAGACGCUCUGCAUUGACAGUUUUUGGAACAGAUUAUAGCACAAGUGAUGGAACUGGAGUCCGUGAUUACAUUCAUGUUGUUGAUUUAGCUGAUGGGCACAUUGCUGCAUUGUGUAAGCUAGAUGAUCCUAAGACAGGUUGUGAGGUUUAUAACUUGGGAACAGGAAAGGGAACAUCAGUUUUGGAGAUGGUUGCAGCUUUUGAACAGGCCUCUGGAAAGAAAAUUCCAAUUGUAAAGGCUGAUCGGAGACCUGGAGAUGCUGAAGUUGUUUAUGCAUCAACAGAAAAAGCAGCAAAAGAACUUAACUGGAAGGCUAAAUAUGGCAUUGAUGAUAUGUGCCGUGAUCAAUGGAAUUGGGCUAGCAAAAACCCUUAUGGCUAUGGUGAAUCUGAAAAGUGAAUAUUCUUUCAAAUCCAUUUGACAUUGAUCAUUUAUUUAUAUUUAUACAAAAUAAGUUAUCUUUUGGGGUCUUUUGAAUCCUAUACGCCACUACAAGUUCAGUUUUAUUUAGAGUUUUUCACUUUUUCUUUAGCGAUUCUAAGAUGGAGAUAACUUUUGUAAUUAUGAAUUUUAAUUAUGAGGCAAAUAAGUGGUGGUGUUUUUUUUUUUAAGUAGUGGUUUAAGUUAACGGUUCGCUUACAGGCUAUUAAAUGGAUCUUCUCAUGUUCUUUAACAUGAUUGCAUGCCGUUUUGUAAAUCUUAAUCACAUUUUUGAGCUGGAUGACUUGAAGACAAUUUUUUGGACAUCUCUCUCAUAUUUGUGCUUUA